AUGGCGUCCUCACAGAACGAGAGCCUUGCGGCGAACUGGAAAUGCUUACUGGCCUGCCUUCUCAUGGCAAUGGGACCAUUCCAAUAUGGUGUCGACUUUGGUCUUAUUGCUGGUAUUCAAGCCAUGGUGGGCUUCAACCAGGUCUUUGGCCACAAAGAUCCGCUCUCUCCGACCGGAUGGAACCUGAGUCCCGUUACUCAACAGCUGAUCUCGUCUUUCAUGACCAUCGGUGCGGUUGUAGGUUGUGGGUUUGUCGGCCUUCUAUCGACCAGGUUGGGAAGAAAGCAAUGUGUCUGGCUGGCAAUCAUAUGGUGCUACGUGAGUGACGCCAUCAUGAUGGGCACCACCAACAUCGCCGCUCUCUACGUCGGACGUAUCUUGAUUGGUAUCGCAAACGGCUGGUUCAUGACCUUUCCCCAGCUGUAUCUUCAAGAAGUCUCUCCAGCACACCUUCGUGGGUUUGUAUACGUCUUCUUUCAAUUUUGGGUCGCACUGGGCACUCUGAUCGGCACUAUCGUUGACAACUUCACCGAAACCAAGCCUGGCAAGCAAUCAUACCUUAUCCCUUUGGGCAUCAUCUACAUCGUGCCACUCAUCCUCGGCGUCGGUAUCGUCUUCAUCCCAGAGUCGCCGCGCUGGUUAUUGACCCACGGUCGAAGAGACGAGGCUCGCCAGGCCCUCUUGUGGCUCAGACCCAAAGGCACCAACGUCGAGGUCGAGAUUUUGGCCGUCGAGACGGCGCAUAAUCUCGAGGUGGAGAGUACGGGAAAAGGGUCGUGGACCGACAUCUUCACCAACAAGAUCGAACGGCGUCGGACCCUGCUCUCGCUCGGCUCUCUCACCCUCCUCUCCGCUCCAGGUGCUAUGUUCAUGAUCAUGUACGGGACCUACUUCUUCCAAAUGGCCCGGGUCGGGAAGCCCUUCGAGGACAGCUGCAUCCUGUCUGCCUUGUCCGUGGUGGGCAUUCUGGCCUCCUCCCUCGUCGUGACGCGCCUGGGCCGCCGGACCAUCCUGAUGUCCGGUAUGGUCAUCUGUGGCUUCAUGCAACUGAUUCAGGCCUGCGUGUACCAGGCGCAGCCCACGGCCUCCUCGACAGGCAAGGUCGUCGUGGCCAUGAACAUCAUCUACAUGUUCUUUUACAAUGCGUGCCUAGCCGCCUACGCAUGGCUGGUCGGCGGGGAGAUGCCCAGCCUGCGAUUGAGAUCUUUCGUCUUCGGCCUGGCGGGUGUGGUGGGCUUCUUCUGGCCGUGGCUCAGCGUCUUCACCGCUCCUUACUUCAUCAACCCGGACAGUCUAAACUGGGGCCCCAAAUACGGCUUUAUCUGGUUCCCCAGCGCCAUGGUGGCUACCGCGUGGAUCUACUUUUUCCUCCCCGAGGUCAAGGACCGGACUCUCGAAGAAAUCGACGAGAUGUUUCAAGCCAAUCUUCCCGCUCGCAAGUUCCGGGGCUAUGUCUGCGUCAAGACCACGUUCAGCGUACGAGGGCAAAUGAUUGCGGUGGAGAAGGGUGAUCUUGGGGUUUCGGCCAUCGAGGUCGAGGCCGUUGAGCAUGCUGCGCCUCCGCAUACGUGGGAAUAG